CGUGCGUUUAGCUGUUUCGUUUCAGUAGUGAUAGCGCGGUUCAAAAUGUCAUGAACGAAACACCGCGACAACCGAAAAAAAACCUCACAAGAUUCAACUCCGUGUGUCACCCUAUGCAUCGUGCACGCUCUCACAUCAGCACAUACUUCCAUACACACCAAUAACAAUAGUCACAACACACAGUGUCGUUCUGUGUCUGUCAAAGAAAGAGAGAAAAUUCAAUGUCGAAAUGAGCGAAAUAUCAUCAUAUUCAAGACACAAACGAAUUGACGUAAAAUCACACGACAAUUUAAAAAAAAGUCACAACUUCUAAAACGAGACUAAAUAAAUAGCGCGCAUCGAUAUAAUUCUAAUAGCGAGCAAUAGCAACAAAAAAGAUUGCAGUGUGUUUUGAGUAAAAUUUCGUGAUUUGGUGUAAAGUCUCAGUGAAAUAGGGAAAUAAAUCGGAAAUUAAGCGUGUUUUGGUGGUGUUGUGCGAGGACCGAAGUAAAAAAGGAACGAAGAAGGGAAAAGAACGCGUUAUUCUCGUUACAAAUGCACGCAGGAUCUGUCGACCAGCUGAAGGCAUCUCGUGUGUGAAUGAAAAGAAUACGAGAAAAAAUCAAAGUGACGACCAAUAAAAAAGAAAAGAAAAAAGAAUUAGAAUCCGAGCAGAACAAUAGAAAUCUCCAAAAAGAACGAGUGAACGAGUGAGUGAUACAUGCUACACGGACUGUGUGUACGGGAGACAAAGAGAGAGAACGAACGCCAGCCAGCCAGUCGGCGAACGAAUCGAGUAAGCAGGCGAACGACAUAUCGUUUUUUUUUUUUUGGUGAAUUGACAAAACAAACACACAUGAGAACCAUUUAGAAUGCAAGUGACGUUCAAAGCGACAACAGCACCCAACAUAUUCGAAGAGCAACAGAAACAGCACUCUCUCUGAGCGCGCGCGAGUGUGGAAAAGCAACAGUGUGGGAAAAAGUGUGAAACGAAAUUUUGUUGUGUGUUUUUUUCUCCUGAAAUACAUUUUUUUUAUUUUCGAUGAAAGGAAUUUAAAAACGAAACACUUCUGUUUUUACGAGAGAGAAGAAAAUAAAAGAACGAAGAAGACGACGACGAUGAAGACGACGAGAAUAAAUAAAAACACAAAUAUUUCAUCAAGCAUUUCGCAAAUGAAACAAAAACAAACACCGAACAUUGAAAAUAAAGAAAUUUCUUGGGCAAAAGUGAAAUCAAUUGCACUGUGAUUCAAUUUUUGGUUGCUUGAAAUUUAAAAAAAAGAACGAAAAAAUACAGCAGUCCAUGUGUGUUGUAAUAAAUAGAGUGAAAUUUGAAGCAAGAAGAAAAAAAACCAGAAAAGUUCCAGUUGAACGUUUCGAUUCCGGUGUAUAUGCGAAAACUGUUCGUUCUUCGUCAUUUUUUUUUUACAUAAUUCGGCGACGACAAGAGACCGCAUGUGAAUGUGCAACAAAUCGGCAGAAGUGACAGCGACGAAGGGAAUAAAAGAAGAAAACAAAAAAGAAAACAAUCCGACAUAAACACGGAGAACAGUUCUAGGUUUAGAGUGAUUUUUUUUUUACGAGUAUACCAAAGAAAGCCGACGUUGAGUGGCGUUUGCGACCAAAAAAAAGAAGAAAACAAAACGAAUUUAAAACGGCAAGAAAGAAAGGGAGAAACACAAAAAAGAGAGGAAUACGAAGAAAUAAAACGUAGUUUUGAUUCAAAAACUAAGACACGCCGAAACCAAAAACAACAACAACAACAACAAGCGGCUUCUGAAUGCCGAACUAAAUUAAAAAUUGUUGCUGAUUUUUUUUUACAUGUGCGACAUGCAUUAGAUGCGUAAACGAUUUUUCGCAAGAAAAACCGAGCAAAAUGUUGAAAUUGUGGCCAAACCAAAUGACAUCAACAACAAAAACAACAACAUCAACACGAAUGACGACCAACAACAUGAGCAUACCGAUGGUUGCCCUGUUACGACACGUUAGCUCAUUGUUCUACCAGUUGUUUAUAAUUGUUUUGGUGACGCUGAUACCAUGCACACUGAAUGUACGGCAUGGUGCAUUUGCGUUUGCAUCUGCCGUUUCGGCAACGUCUUCAUCAUCAUCAUCAUCAUCAUCGGCAGCAGCUGAAAGCAAUUAUGAAUUACAUGCGGCACACAUAAGUAUCGACUCAAUUAUGAUGACAACGGUCGAUAAUAACAAUAAUGAUUUGUCACAAUUGACAUUCGAGCCGAAUUUUUUGCAUUUUGAUGAGUUAUCGGUGGGCGAAACGGCGAACAAAGUUGUCACAAUAUUCAAUCGACAUGCAAAUCGUAGUGUAUACCUUGGUUCAAUAUCGGGUUCGGUAUCGGAUUUUUAUAGUUCAUUUUUUGAAGAGAAUCUAGUGCCACCGAUGGGUAAUACCACAUUUAAUGUAGUGUUUUUGCCACGGCAACAGGCCAUCAUUCAAGCUCAUCUCAUCAUACACACAUCGUUCGGUGUGCUUAACUACGAGGUAAAGGGUAAAGGUGUUGAAUGUCCGUAUCGGUUAAGUCCAUUGGUUGGCUUAAAAGCACCCAUGAAUGCAACCCUUAUGCCCGAAAUUCAUAUGUACAAUCCGUACGACACGCCGUUGCAAAUAGUCGAAGUGUAUUCGAGUGGUGGGCAGUUUCAAUUGGAAUUGCCAACGAGUGAUGAUGAUCCAAGCGGUGCGAUCAGUGCACAUUCAACGAGCCAUAGUUCAGCAAGUGGUGGUGGUACAACAAACAGCGGUAGCAGUAGUAAUACAGAACGAUCACAAACGCUGUGGGAAAUUCCACCACAUUGUUCGAGACCGGUGAUUCGUGUACGAUUCACAGCGACACAUGUCGGCAAUUCCACGGCAUAUAUUCGCAUCAAAGUGUCAGCACGGAAAAAUGCCGCCCUCGAAAAAGCCGUCAUUGUGUUGCCAAUUGAAGUGGAAAUAUUCAAAGAGUAUGGCAUCUAUGCCAGUAUACCGUUUCUCAAUUUUGGCCUAAGCGGUACAAAUGAUCGACCGAAAAGUGUAACAUUUCGUUUACUCAAUUCCGGCAAUGAACCCUAUGAGAUUACCGCAUAUUCGGUGGAAGCCGAAGAGAAUGUGCGAAAUGGUAUCACACUUGAAUUGAAUACGGUACGUGAAACGGUCAACGAAACAUAUCACACAAUGACAGCGACCGUGAAUUGGUCACGCAUAUCGGCCGAGCAAUUUUUUCGCGGUAAUAUUGUCAUUCAAACGCGACGAAAAACCGAUUCCAGCACACCGGGCAGCAGUACAUCUGCCAAACGGUUUCAAUAUCGUGUGCCAUUUGUUGGUGGUAUUUUACGCGGUUCAAUACAGUACAAUGAAUCACUUACGCGAUUUCAUCAUCAGUCAGCUGGUGCAACAACAGCAACGACGACGACGACCACGACGACAACGACAGUGGACGAUAAUUCCACCACAAUGCCAUCAUCCACACAAAUUGUACGGGAUUUUCGUAUAAAAAAUAACUUUGACGUUGUAUUGGCCAUCACAAAUUUGACAAUGUCACCCGACACCCUCAUCUAUUUCCGUGCGGAUAAAUUCAAAUCGAAAUUGUUGGCGCCCGGCGAAGAAUCCACCAUCUUUCAAAUAGUUCAACAGCCAGCGGCCGCACAGCAUUCAGUCACACGAUCAUUUCAUUUGCAUACGAAUGUCAGUGUGUACGACAUUGAAUUGUUUAGUUUUAAUGGUUUAUUGAAACGUUUGUUACCCGUUACUGAGCAUCAGCCGCAGCAGCAAAGCAACACCGGCAUUGAUGCAAUGAUAAGCGAUGACGAUGGCGAUGACGGGAUCGAUGAGCAAAGCAUAAAUUUUGGCAUUUUACCAUUAUCAACGCUAUCACAAAUUCAACUAGCGCUAGUCAAUCACAAUCCAAUUCCAAUAAAUAUACACAAUUGGAAGGGGACGAUCUCAAGUGCAGCACAUAUCGGUAUUACGGUGCCCGGUUGCAGUAAGCUCACAAUGAAAGGCUUAAAAUUUUGUAACAUUGUCAAACCCGGCGAAUGGAUUGUCUUUCAAAUUGGUGUCACAUCAAAUACGGUCGGUUCAUUUGAUGGAAAAUUCACCGUGCAAACAGACUAUGAAGUGAUUAGCACACCGAUUCGGUUUAGCACCGAUAUGGGCAUACUGAAAUUCACCACUAAAAUGGUUGACACCGAAAAUUGUUUUCCGGGUGGCGUUUGCAAAGUGAACCUUACGGCAUAUUCCACAUUCACCCGAUCGAUGCAUAUAAAAACGAUUCAGGUGAAUAAUGUUUGUUUGGAAAAUGCAUCGAAAAUUGACAGCAGUGCCUCCUCAUCAUCAUCAUCAUCAUCAUCAUCAGCGUCAUCAGCGUCAGCAAUGGAGUUGCCGGACUUUGAUGGAUUUGACGAGUGUCAUACGACGAAUUUGUCGCGUGUGGAGCAUGGUGGCGGUGAUGGUGCAGCCAAGUCACCGUAUGUGAUUUAUGAGGAUGGUGAAAAGCCCGUGAUAGACGCACAAAGUGAAUCAUUUAUCGAUCAAUUAGAAAUAGCAAUACCACGAAUCUGUGAUGAACGUUGUGCCCUGAAUACAGCUGCUGCUGCGUCAUUAUCAUCAUCAUCAUCGUCGUCUUCGGCGGCAAUUGAUGAAACGGUCGAACGGAAUCGCCAGCGAUUUUUAUUGUUAAAAAAGCAAUUGGAUCGAUUUCAUGCGUUGUCGGCCAAAUUUCAAGCGCUCACAUUUCAUGUGCAAACCAAUCACAUCAAGCGCUACGAUUUCAAUGGCAGCAUCGAAAUUGUGUGGCCAAAAUUGGUGCGAAAAGGACCCAUUGAAUUUGCCAUUUCACAAGUUGGACACGUACUCACGCGCCAUGUCAAUAUUUACAAUCCGUUUAAUGCGCCGCUACAAAUCCACUAUCAUCUGCACGAUAGCGAACGGUUUGGUGCCGAUGUUGAUCUACCGCCGGACAUUAUUGAUGAAUGCACAAAUGCUCGCAUCACCGAUGCCGUCGUCUUUUCAUUGGGCAGCAGUAACACAAAACAUCAAUCGCCAUCGUCCAAUUUUACGGUCAUACCACCAAAAACAUAUCACAAUAUUACGGUGAAUUUUAUGUCAGAGAAUCCCGGUACAUAUGGAACGUUACUGUAUAUUCGUAAUAAUUUUACGGUGCUGGAAGCCGUUUGGAUAACGGCCAAAUCGGUGGUGCCACAAUUUAAAUUUGGUAAUCGAAAACCGGGCUCAAAAACGCCACUACUCUUCGAAUUGACCGAUAAGCAUUUACGCGAUUGUAAUCAUCCGAAUGUGAAUAUGCGUGCGGUGACAGCCAAGCGAACAUUUACCGCCAAAAAUAGCGGCGAAGUGCCGAUACUUAUGCAUGAACUACGUAUCGAUGAUCUACCAUGUGAAGGCUAUGGUUAUCGAAUAUUGGAAUGUGCACCGUUUGAAUUGCCACCGAAUGGUUCGAGAAAAAUUGAGAUUUCAUUUACGCCCGAUUUUACGUUGGCCAUGGUCAAGAAAACGCUGUACUUAGACACAUCGCUCAAUUAUUCCGUCAAUUAUACACUGCUCAGCAUGAUUGCGCCGUUAUCGCUUGGUGUGUGCAGCAAAGCAUUAACCCGACCCGAAUGGGAGUCCAUGAUGAAAAAUGUAACGGCCGUUGUUUUGGCCGUAUCAUUUGUGUGCGUUCUAUUUGCCGCCUACUUAGAUUCAAUGAAAGUACUUAAAGUGCAUGUCGAGAAUAUGUCAAAAGCGAAGGGUUCACUGCAACCAGCAUUGGAUCUACGGCAAAUCGGUUUGAAGAGCCCAUUUUUUUCGGAUGAUGCAACGAAAGGCGGGUCAACAAGCAACGGUGGUGGUGGUUCAGCGAUUUCUGCGACAUCGACCAGCACGGCCACAGCAACAGGAGGUACAGCUGGAGCAACAGCAUCGGUAAAGCAAUCGAUUCAAUCGACACCAUUGGCAUGCACAGCAAAGGCAAAUGGUAGCGUGUGUAAGAAAAGGUCAAGUGAGAAAAAACGUUUGCCAUGUCCAUCGUCUGAAGUGACGGCGGCCCCUUCGAAAAAGUCCUACAUUACGGAAAUUGCCAAGAAAUUUACGCCGAAAAAAUCAUCGGAUGCAAAACAAUUGAAAACAAAAAGUUCACCACCACCGCCAUCGCAAGCAAGCGCAGCCUCAAACGCAGCAACAGCAGCCGCUGUGAGUAUCGGAAAAAAGGAUAAACGACCAAAGGACGAAUCGCCGACUGCCAAUUUUGAAGAGGAAGAAACAUCAUCGACCACAACUGAAAGCUCAAGCCAUUCGGAUGAUAAAUCGCCAAAUGUGAAAACAAAAGCGAAAAAAUCCAUCAAAGAUCUCUCGAACGUUGCCACGGCCGCCACCACCAGCGCUACUGUACUGCCUCAAUCGAAGGAUAAAAAGAUCGUGGUGAAAAAAUCGAAAAGUUUACCGCUCACUUAUGAUUCUCAUGAUGUUGAAUUAAAUGUGUCAUCAUCCGUGUUGGAUCGCAGCCAUGAGUCGACAAUCGAUGAACAUCACAACGAUUCGUUUGAAUUGACAAAUGCCAUGGACAACGGUGGUAGUGGCAGUGGUGGUCUGGAUGAUGAGGCUAUCAAAAUGGCGACCGCAGCGGAUCUCUAUGCAACGUUCGGUACACCGCCCAACAAAUCCACAAUGGCCAUGAAAAUGUUAAAUGGGAAAACACCGGGCCGUGAAAAACGUGAACGCACCAAAAUGAAUGACCAAUAUGGCUAUCGCAAAUCAUUGGAUGCAAAUUGUUCGGCAUUUAAGAGUACGGCAUUUGAAUUUUCAUCACCUUUGGAAGAAUCAUCGACAAGUGGUAAUCAUCCGUUGCUCGAUUUGGUGGAUAAAAGUCUGUACGAACAUCAAUACGAUGUUAAAAUAAAAACGAGCCAACCAAAUGUACAACCGUCAUCGUUCCCAUUGUCGUCGGUGAUUAAAACUCAAUCGACAAGUAAAUCAAAUGGCAAAAGUGUGAAACCAAUGAUUGGUAAAACGAAAAAUGAAGCUAAAGCUAAGGAUCGCAAAGGAAUGAAGAAAUUGAAUGGUGACGAUGCAUUCUCAAGUCAUUCAUCGUUUGAGAAUUUGGUGCAUUCGGAUGGUAAUGGUAAGAAAACAUCACCGGGCGUUGAUUUGGGACCGAUUGGUACACGAAAAUCACCAUCAUCAACACCGAUCUGGGAACCAAUGCACUCCAUUCACAAUCCAAUACCAAUCAAUACGUCGUUGAACAGUUUGGCUGGGAGCAGUAGUGGUGGCAAUGGAGCAGGCGAUUCCAACAGCUUCUUCAUGUAUCCACAAACCGCAAACUAUCAACGCAACGAGAAUGUUCUGAAUGAAAUGCUGAACCAACAUCAACGACCUGCUAACGAUCAAUUCAAUCAUUUCGCACGUCAACCACAACCAAAUGCCGAUGUGCUACGAUUCUUGAACGGCAUGUACGGCAACACCAAUAUGGAUCAACGCAAACAAAAUCUAUGGGAAUCGGCCAUGUUGAACCUACUGCAACAACAACAACAGCAACAGCAACAGCAAUUGGCUCAGCAGAGACUGCAAAGUAUGUACUCGUCAGCGCCAAAUAGUUUAUGGAAUUCGAACAAUGUAUUUGAUGCGACACAAGCCACGCCAUCCACAUCGUAUUGGCCAUCGGUUUCAUCGCCGGCCGUAUCGAAUGCGCACGAAAUUCGACCACCACCCGGUUUUGGUCAUACGGCCAACAGGACCGAUCCACGGACAUUGCAACAGGAGCUCCUACUCAGGGCUCACUAUCAGCAACAGAUUCAAAAGCAAGCGCAGCAACAGCAGCAACAACAACAACAGCAGCAGCAGCAACAGCAGCAGAAUCAAACGGCCCAAACCGAUCCAAUGCAGUACGAUUUAUUUAGUUCGCUGAGCUCCAUUUGGUCCAACAAUCCAACCAAUGAUCCUAACAAGAAGGCAAAAUGAUGACGUACUAUGUACCCGUUUUCAAUUGGUCACUUUUAUUCUUAUGUUAAAUUUUUGUUUUUGCCACCUAGGCAACUUCGAUUUCUCUCUGAAUUUUCUUUUUACCCAGAACUCACAAACGAAGAUUUCCACAUACAGAUUUAAUACGUGUUUCACAUGAAGAAAACAAAACAAAAAUCUUUUGGAUUUUUUUUUAUUAGACUAACAUGUCAGAACGUCGAAUGGCCAUUCAGCCAUCCAAUGAAUACACAAAAAUGAACCAAUCGAUUUCAAUGUUUUACCCAAAAUUAUCUGAUUGCCGUGAAUAAUAUCCCAUACUGAAGAAAAUAACCCGGAUAAAAUAAUAGGCACAUAGAAAAUAAUAUUCAAUUUAAUCCUUCUUCAUUUUCUAUCAUAGUUUUUUUUGCUUUUAUUUGUGAACUUUUUUCCCACGCUCCCUUUAUUUUUUUUUUUUUUGAAUUAACCAAACUCUGAGCUUCAACUAUUUUACUAUCACAAUCGUUGUUUGAGAUGAAAUAUGCCCGACAAACGGAUACAAAUCAACAUGAAAUACCCCAUUUCGGAGAAAGGGACAUUUGAAAGAAACAACCAAUUUACAACAUUCAAUUGUAAUGAUAACCAUCUUCGAGGAGACCACUUUUGAAUACAGUCUCAAUAAAUCGAAGAAAAUCGACUGAAAAACGUGAAAA